AUGGCCUUAAUGUCGGAUCUUCUGUCCGCUGGGGCGCAUUUACAAGCUCCUAUGCCCAACGACGAGUACGAUCGUCGAAUUCGCGAACUCGUGGAUUACCUUAAACGACUCUCAUCCACCAAGACCCUUGAUCCUGCGGCUUAUGAUGAAUCCUUUCUUGAUCAUUUCGACCCGUCAAAAGACUCAAUCACAUAUCUCUUCGUCCUUGGCAUGCAGAUUCAGAGCGCGCAGGAGCGAAGCGGCAACACCUGUCCGGCUGAUAUUCGCCCCGCGGGGAAACUAUGGGCGCGCGCUGCCCAGUUCCUAGCGGGAUUUGAUCGAAUCCAAGUCAGGCACACUGGACGAGAAUGGCGACAGCUCGUCGAGAUUGUUGCGCAGGCCUCGCUGGCGGCAUCAAAGGCAAGUCCACUAUGGUCAGCCAUGGUGUUGUUCAACUACUUACUCUGUUGUAGCCACUUCUGGGUGCUAAAUUGA